AUGUUGGAAUAUUUAAAUAAUGCUAAAAUAAAUAUGAAAAGUUCUAUUAAAAGACCUCAAAGCGCUGCGAGCUCCAAAGAAGUUAAGCAGUUUUUUAAAAAUUUAAAAAAGAAAAAAGAAUACUAUGCAGAAAUUAAUGAAAAUUUGAUCAUCCCCACAAUACUGAAAGUUCAGAAGAAAAACCCGAAUAAAGAAGAUAUUGCAAAAGAAUUCUUAAAAGCAAAGAUCAACCAAACAAAAAUUGCUAUAAACGAGCAAUUAAGUGUAUUUAUUAGACAGGAAAUAUCAUCAUUGAAAGUGCAGAUUAAUAAAUGCAAAUUUUGAAAUCCUGAAAAAACGAAAAAUUAUAAAAAAACAUUAAAAUUAUCCCAAAAUGAGCCAAAAAUUACCACAGAGCAAAAUCCAUAUAACUCAGUUAUUCAAGCUAAAGAAAAAAUUGAAGAACUGAGAGCGCAAAUCGAGAUAAAUGAAAAAAUUAUUCUUCAAAGAAAUCAAGAUGUAACAAAUAUUUAGAUAAUUCGCUUACAAUCUAAGAUUGAAAAAUCUCCUAGCGUGCUAAAAUUAACAAAGCACAAAGAAAAAGUCAAAACUAUGAUUGAAAAAGGCGCAAAGGAGCUUGAGAUUCGGAAAAAUAUGGAAAAUUUAUUAAUUAAAGGUUAUGAUCACAGAUCAGGUGUCACCACUCCAAUGAGUGAGAAAAAUAAAGUCAUGAAUGUUUUGAAUACUCUAGAAAACUGAGAUUCAGCUCCAGAAAUUGUAAAAAAGCAUGUAAUUGAGCAAAAAAAUGCGAUAAAUGACCAAGAGAAGGAAAUCAACGAAUUGGAAAGACAGCUCGAAGAAAGGAGGAAAAAUUUUAUUCAUAGUGAAUUCCAAAAAAUAUUGGAAGAGAAGGAAAAUUUGUGAAAAAAGGAAUGGGAAGAAAGAAUAGAGUCAGAUAUAGCAGCACUCAAAAGAAAUAAAGAAAUGGAGAUAAAUAAUCUAAAAUUUCAGAAAAAAAUGAUAGAAAUUGAGAUAGCUAACCCCCCUCUGUGAGCGAACAAUAACAUUGGAAAAAUCACUAUUUUUUGCCGAAAAAACCUAUCCUCAUGAAAAUUUUUUAUGAAAAAAAAAUUGUGAUAUAUUAUAAUGAAAUCUCUAACUAAUUCUUUUUAAUUUUAAACGGUUUGCAUUUUAAAACAUAAAUUUCACAAAUUAAAUUAAAUUUUUUUGCUUCUCAAUUUUUACAAAUUGGAAUUUUUUAAUUUUAAAAACAAAAUUUUUCUAUAAAAAAAAAAAUUAACCCCUCGGUGAGCGAACAAAAUUUUUUUGAACGUUCACAGAGGGGGGAGUAAGGAAAAACUCCAAGAAAGGGCAUAG